CCCCCCCCCCGCAGCCCCCGCCGCGCCGCAGCCGCUCUCCAGACGGGACAAGAUGGACGCGGGUUUUUUCCGCGGAACCAGUGCAGAGCAAGACAACCGUUUCAGCAACAAGCAGAAGAAACUCCUCAAGCAAUUAAAAUUUGCAGAAUGUCUUGAGAAAAAGGUGGAUAUGAACAAAGUGAACCUGGAAGUGAUCAAGCCAUGGAUUACACAGAGAGUGACAGAAAUGCUGGGAUUUGAGGAUGAUGUAGUUAUUGAGUUUAUCUUCAACCACCUUGAAGAGAAGAACCCAGACGCAAAGCUGAUGCAGAUUAACCUGACAGGAUUUCUGAAUGGGAAGAAUGCAAGAAUGUUCAUGGGAGAGCUCUGGCCGCUGCUGUUGAGUGCACAAGACAACAUCGCAGGAAUCCCCUCUGCCUUUCUGGAACAGAAGAAGGAAGAAAUCAAGCAGAGACAGAUUGAACAAGAAAAGCUGGCUACCAUGAAGAAACAGGAUGAAGAGAAGGAAAAGAAGGAUAAGGAAGACAAAGAAAACCGAGAAAAGAGGGACCGCUCCAGAAGUCCAAAGAGGCGUAAAUCCAGAUCCCCGUCCCCUCGGAGGCGGUCGCCUGCCAGGCGGGAGCGCGAGCGCAAGCGAUCGCCCUCCAGGUCUCCUCGCCGCAGGACAAGGAGCAGGAGCAAAAGUGCUUCUCCGGUGUCGACAGUUAGAAAGCCGGAGCAGGUGUCGCCCGAGCCCGAUCUCUCGCUCAAAGAACGGAAAGCAUCGCCACCUCCGGAGGCAACUUCCACCAGCGAUAUCCUGAAGGAAGUGAAACCCGAGGCACCAGAGGUGAAGGAAACCUUAUCAGAACAGCCUUCGAAAAAGGAGAAGGACAAGAAAGAGAGGAACCGGCAUCGAUCGCGUUCGCGGUCAAAAUCCAGGUCCAGGUCCCGCUCACGCUCUCAUUCACGGCCAAGGAAGCGUCCCAGGUCCCGCUCAAGGUCCUAUUCACCCCGAAGACGGCCAAGUCCUAGGCGUAGGUCCCCACCUCGGCGGAGAAGCCCACCCAGACGCCUACCACCUCCUCCCCCGCUCUCCAGGCACAGGCGGAGUAGAUCACCAAUCAGGAGGCGCCGAUCUCCCUCUGCCUCGUCCUCUGGCAGCAGUUCCUCCUCCUCCUCUCGCUCGAGGUCACCCCCGAAGAAGUCCAAACGCAUCUCGGUCAGUCCUCCUCGCAAACCUCGCCGCUCCUCCCCAUCCCCCGCCAGCCCUCAUCGGAGAAGGCACCGGUCACCUAUUCCCCCAACAAGUCCCGUUCACAAGGGACCCCCGCGAUCUUCGUCUCCACACUUGAACCGCUCGAGGAAAGGCCAAACGUCUGUGUCUCCCGCUAGACCAGCACCAAAACGGAAAGGGAGUCUGAAGCGAGAGUCUGUUUCUCCACCUCCUAAGCCAAGAAGGUCCGAGCCAUCUGAUUCAGAGGAUGAUAAAGGGGGCAAAGCUGCCGGAGUGGAGUCAGUUCAACAACGCCGCCAAUAUCGCAAACAGAAUCAGCAGACUUCAUCAGAGUCUGGAUCUUCAUCCUCGUCUGAAGCUGAAGCACCGAAAAGAUCGAGUGCAAAGAAUGGGGAGGUUCGAAGAAGGCGUCAGCGCUCUCUGUCACGGAGCAUGUCUCCGUCACCCGCCAUGCGGAAACGGCAUAAGGACUUCUCUCCCAGGAUGCCGCUUGGAAAGAGGUGGCACUUCCCAGUGGCGAAAAGGCGCAGGAGAACUCCAUCACCACCUCCCAGAAGACGUCGUUCACCCUCUCCUCCAAGAAGACGUAGGUCCCCAUCUCCACCGAGGCGUAGAUCUCCCUCUCUGCCACCACGCAGACGGUCAGUCUCGCCCAGACGCUAUUCCCCUCCGAUUCAGAGAAGAUACACUCCGUCUCCCCCGCCCAGGAGGAGGGAGUCCCCCACACCAGCAGCAACCAAGAGACGCAGCUCUCCCUCUCCCUCCCUCAGGCGCAGGAGAGGGUCGCCUCCCCCAGCCCGCCCGGCCCGAGACGGUCGUUCCCCACCACCCCACAAACGCCACUCGCCCUCCCCUCGGCCCAGGCUGGUCCGGGGGUCAGUGAGCCCCCCGGCAACUCGACGAGCGUCAGUGUCUCCGCCACCACCACAGAGACGUCCUAUGUCUCCCUCCCCCAGCAACAGGCCAAUCCGCCGGGUGUCACGGACCCCAGAACCCAAGAAAUCCAAAAAGAUCUCGCCAGCCCCACAAGCUGCGAGGAGGACAACCUCGUCCAGGUCGGAGUCUGGAUCACCAGAACGGCUCUCCAAGAAAAGGCCGCUCACCUCCGUGUCCAGGUCACAGUCUGGCAGCAGGUCACCAACAGCGGCUGCUGCAACAGCGCCACCCGCCAAAAAGGCAAAGAGUGCUUCUCUCAGUCCAUCUCCUGCCAAGGUGUCCGACCAGGAGGCCGGGGGCAAGAAGAAGAAGAAGAAGAAGGAUAAGAAGCACAAGAAGGACAAAAAACACAAGAAACACAAGAAACACAAGAAAGAAAAAGCAGCGACACCACCAGUUGUUGCAGAGGAAACCUCAGUUCAGUCUCCAGCAAAGUCACCCCAGCCAACCCCAGCUGUAGAACCCAACAAGGAUUCAGGAAGUGAAGAAGAAAACCUGGAUGAUCUAGAAAAGCACCUCAGAGAGAAGGCUUUGCGAUCAAUGCGGAAGGCUCAAGCUUCACCACCGUUAUGAGAGAGAACUUGAGUAAAACCUAACUUAAUGGGGCUGAAUGGAUUAGACACAAGGGCUUUGUACAUUUUAAAAUUGGCUGCUGAGCGAAUGAAUGCCAGUACAUUAUGAUGGCUGUUUCAUAAACGUUGACACUGGCUCUUUUGCCUGUUUUUUUUUAAAAAUAGAUAAUUCAUAAGGCUGUAUUAUGUGUCAUCACAAUGGGGAAAUAAAUCUCUCGAACAGCUGUCAUUUCCAUGUUGAUAUGUUCCCUCAUGUUUUAACCGCAAUACUUUUAUGAGGAAACCUCCCCCCUCUUCCCCCCUUUAUAUCUAAAGAGUGGGCGGAAGGUUAAGUAAGGUUGUGAGUCCUGGAGAACCUCAUUGUCUGUGGCACCAUCUGACUUGCCUCAGUUGGGCAUGAGCUUCAUCCGUUCUUAAUGCUGUAUUCGCAGAGAGUGCUGUAGAGCAGAGAUCUGUUCCAUUUCUUGUGGACGCGACUAACAUCCCUCACGCUUCCUACCAGCCCAGCUGGUGUUGGAGCAGCCUAGAUAAGAGACCAUUGGAGACUGCCUGCCCUGCCCUGCCCUGCGCUCACCACUUGAAGGGUCUGUUUUGAGGUCAAGAUUGCGGUGUCUUAUAGGUAACAGCUUUUGAUUCUAGGAUUAGACUGAAGUGAAAUAGGUGAAGUGAAUUUGGAGUAAAUCCCCCUCCUCCCCCCCCCCACCUCAAAAAAAACAAACAUUUUAAUUCUUUUAAAAAUAAAACGCAGCCACAAACCGUGCUUAACUGGCUCCGAAUCGACACCGUUCUCAGUUGAAUCGCAUUGAAUGUGUGUGUUUUGCACCUUUUCUUCUCUCACGUUGGUGUUUCUUGGCUAUCAUUGUGUUAUGGUAUUUUAUGACAUCGUUUACGUAAGUGUACAAAAACCCUUGCGUUUAAUCGAGCGAACUGAACUGAACUGAUCCCGUAGUGUAGUUUCUGCAAGAGUUUUUUUUUGGAGUUUUAUUUGAGCCGUUUGGAUUAUUCACCACAUUCUUUACAAAGAGCUUCACGUGAAAAUAUGCUGUAUCUAGAACACUGGAAGUUUCUUUUUUUAAAUGAAAAAUUGUUAUAGGAAGAGGAUGGUACGUACGGCCAGGAUCUGAAGGAUUUUAAGAUUUCCUGGUUUACUUUAGCUUUGGAUUGUACUUUGCUUUGUGUAACAGGCUGGUUUCACCCAAGCCGUUCGUGUCUUCUACUGUUACGGUUGUUCUGAGAUUAAAAAAAAAACCUGUUUAGA